AUGGCCGAAACUCUCCUCGAAGCUCGAUACGUCUCCCGAGCGAAACUGACGAACCUCCUCACAACACUGUUUGGGGAUGCAAAGAAUUACGAUGUGACUACCGAAAAUGACAUGAUUCAAGUCACUGCACCGCGUCAACUUACUCCGAAAGAAAUUGAGUCAAUUACGGAUAACUGA